AUCUUAUAUAUAAGCAAAGUGACACUAUCAGUCUCUCUACUUCUCUCUUCUCUCUUUCUCUGACUCUGAGUCACUCUCUUUUUGAGUUGAAUCACCACAAAUUCAUAAUCAAAUAAUACACAUGAAACACAUACAAAAUUAGACCAAUUCAUCUGAAUCCGAGUCCACAUCUCCCUGCAGAAGGAGCACACAAUAUUCAUGGAGGAGAAGUGGAAGCUGUCGAAGAAAGAGACAACAACUUCUUCUUCCUCUAAGUCAAAGUUCUCAAGAAGCUUCUCAACAAGUGCUUCAUCCGCUAAAUCUCCACUAUUCGCAAGGAGUUCCUCUACUAAAUGCUCUGUUCCUUCAUCCUCAUCUUCAAUCUCUAGAAGCUUAUCAAGAAAAGAGAGAAAAUCGUCUUCCUCUCCAUCUUCUUCUAUCACUCAAAAAUACAGCAGCUUGGCUAAAGAACAAAAGGCAAGGUUUUAUAUCAUGAGAAGGUGUGUGGCUAUGCUUGUUUGUUGGCAUAAACAUGGAGAUUCUUAAUUAGAUCUUCCUUUUUUGUUCCUUGUAAUUAGAUCAGUCUGAUUAUUCCAUACAAGUUCAUUGUAAGAAGAUAUAUUGUUUUAAAAAAUUAGGGUUCCAAUGCUCA